GAACUGUGUGCGAAGUCGUUGGAUGUAUGCGCUGUGGAGAAUUCGAGGAUGUACCUUCGCUCCAUUCAUUGGGGAGCUGCUUAUUUUGAUUGUGAAACUCUGCUGUGCUCUCUGGAUUUUCACAGAUUAUCACCUUGCUGUAUUGCAGAUCCUCUGAGCGAUGGCGUCAAAACAUCGGCGCGAGCUCGUGAUCUGCCUCCUAUCGUUUCUGUUUCUUCUUGUGAUAUCAAAUUUGAGCCAAAUCACUGCAGAAUCGAGGGAAAGUGGUGGAGAUUCGGGUCUCGAGGAAGUGGUAGACUCCAUCGGGGAGGAAGAGGGGGAGGGCUAUGAAGGAUAUGACGCAACCGAUGGAGAUGAGAAUGUGGACCAUGGGAAUGGUGAGGAUGAAGAGGACGAUGACGAAGAGGAAGAAGACGAGGAAGGAGAAGAUGGGGAGGAUCAGGGCUGGAAGGGGAUUGACGAAACAGAUGUUGUUGUGCUUGGGUCGCACAACUUCACGGCGUUUGUAACGAAGGAACCAUAUGUUAUGGUAGAAUUUUAUGCACCUUGGUGCGGACAUUGUCAGGAAUUGGCACCUGAGUGGGCCGCAGCGGCCACCGCUCUGAAGCGGCGCGUUCCUGUGGCGAAGGUCGACGCAACCGCGCAUCCAGAAAUUAGUGACAAGUUUGGCGUGACUGGUUACCCUACGUUGUUCUUCUUCAUCGAUGGCGUGCCGACGCCUUACUCCGGCGAGCGGGCGAAGGACGCCAUCAUACAACAUGUGAAUAAGAAGAUGAAUGUAACUGUUAUACCACUAACGUCAAAAUCUGAUGUUGAGGCUUUGUUGGAACCUAAGUCGCCAAUCGCAAUUGCAUAUAUUGACAACUUGGAGGGUGCUGAUGUGGAGGAAUUGACAUCUGCAGCAAGGCAGGAAGAAAACGUUAAAUUCUACAUGACUAACGAUGCUGAUGUGGCUGCUAUGCUUGGACUUGGGACUGAAUCCAAACCUGCUUUGGUUCUUUUAAAGAACGUUCCGGAUAAACGUUUAGUCUAUGAGGAUGAUUUCAAAAGGAAACCACUUUACGAAUUUGUGUCGGCAAAUAAACUGCCUCUUGUGAUCUACUACAAAGAAGAAUCAAUCAAGUUAGUCUUUGAGAAUGUCAUCAAAAAUCAAGUCAUUUGCUUUAUUAAUGGUGAGGAGCAUUGGGGUGUUGCUCAAUCAGUUUUCGAGAAAGUUGCAAGAAUGUUCAGAGGGCAGACGUUGUUUAUACGUGCCAAUCUGGCCGACAAGGAAGGGCAGCAAGCUGCUCAAUAUUUUGGCAUUUCGGGGGAAAAUCCUAUCAUAAUAAUGGCAUAUGUGUCGGUUGAGGAAGGUCCCAAGUACUUGUACGAAGGCGAAUUCACUGUUACAGGAGUCAAGGGUUUUGUGGAAGGUUUUCUAGCAAACACUUUGCCACCUUAUUACAAGUCGGAACCAAUCCCUGAACUGAACAAUGAAGAUGUGAAGAUAGCCGUUGGCAAAAACUUCGAGGAGGUAGUUCUUGAUGAAUCUAAGGAUACCCUUCUUGAGCUGUAUGCUCCUGGGUGCAAUUAUUGUCAGGAGUUGGAACCAACAUACAAGAAACUAGCCAAGCGGUUGAGAGACAUUCCCUCUAUUUCAAUUGUGAAGAUGGAUGGGCUAACAAACGAACAUCCUCGUGCAAAGCCCGAUGGCUAUCCGACUAUUCUUUUCUUUCCAGCUGGGAAGAAGAGCUUUGAGCCAAUCACAUUCGAGGGUGACAGAACAGUGAAAGGUUUCUAUCAAUUUAUUAAAAAGAAUGCAGCUAUCCCAUUUACACUGCAAAAAUCUGGUAAGUCCAAAGCUACAAAGAAGUGUGCAGAAAAUAUGAAGGAUGAACUAUGAUUAGACACAUCAACCAGCUUUCUGCAACGGUCAAUGACCAUUCUAAUACACAAUCGAAACAUAGUAGAUUAGCUGGUGUCCAUAUGCAUAGGGUACGACGAACGGAAGCAUGGUUAAAACCACUCGUCUUAAAACGCGUUGAGUUAGACCAAGCAACGGUUAAAAUAACCAAGCAUUUUAGUGUUGUAUUGAUUCUUAGGUAGAGAAUCGCAGUUUAAAUCCGUGACCCAGAACUGGGUCUAGGUUUACGGUUUAGACAGAACUAUAAAUUAAGUCCAACUGGCAUUUGAAGUUGUAAUGUAAGAUGUUUGAUCAGCAACUUUACUUCUGGGUGGUUUUCGUCCUUCCGAUGGUAGAAACUAUUAGAAGACAAAUUCCUCCUGGAUACCUUAUGGAUUCUAGAGUUUAUUCACCUAUUACACAUU